GUUAGAAGUGUUGCUGGGUGAUGCUGCUUGCAGGCCCUAGUAGUUCCACCAACAUCUUUCUUUCUACCCAACUGACAUCAUGCUGGCUGCUGAGGCGCAGCAGCUUUUCGAUCCUGUCUCAUUUGGGAAGGACCUCAUGAUAGGUGGGGUGGCAGCUGCUAUUUCCAAAACAACAGUAGCACCCAUUGAACGGGUGAAGCUCCUGCUCCAGGUUCAGGGCUCAUCCAAGCAGAUCCGUGCCGACCAGCGAUACAAAGGCAUGAUAGACUGCUUUGUACGCAUUCCUCAGGAGCAAGGAUUUCUCAGUUAUUGGCGUGGCAAUUUUGCCAAUGUUAUUCGAUAUUUCCCAACUCAAGCCCUAAACUUUGCCUUUAAGGACAAAUACAAGCAGAUUUUCAUGUCUGGAGUUGAUAAAGAUACACAGUUUAUGAGAUGGUUCGUUUCAAAUCUGGCUGCUGGUGGAGCAGCUGGGGCUACUUCAUUGUGUGUAGUAUAUCCAUUAGACUUUGCACGAACUCGAUUGGGUGCUGACAUUGGCAAAGGUCCCUCUGAGAGACAAUUUUCAGGUCUAGCUGACUGUAUUGCUAAAAUUGCUAGAAAAGAUGGAAUUACUGGUCUAUACCAAGGAUUUAGCGUUUCAGUACAGGGAAUUAUUGUAUAUCGAGCAUCAUAUUUUGGAUGUUAUGACACCAUAAAAGGAAUGCUACCAAAUCCAAAAGAAACCCCAUUCCUUUUAUCUUUUGCAAUUGCUCAAGUGGUGACAGUAUUUUCUGGGAUACUCUCCUAUCCAUUUGACACUGUCAGAAGACGCAUGAUGAUGCAGAGUGGAGAGACCGAACGCCAAUAUAGAGGAACCAUUGACUGCUUUAUCAAGAUAUAUGGCCAGGAAGGAAUAAGUGCCUUUUUUCGUGGGGCUUUUUCAAAUGUUCUUCGUGGGACAGGUGGUGCCUUGGUGCUAGUCCUUUAUGACAAAAUCAAGGAAUUCCUUCAUAUUGAUCCUUCACUAGGCCGAACAUCUGACUAAAACCACAUUUUACUUGCAUUGCACUUGUAGAGAUAAAAGUCAUUGUUUUGAAUAUUGGUUUAUUAAUUAGUAUUCCACUUUGUAACAAGUCAGUAGUAUUUACUGUUAUGAUUUUAAAGCAAUUUAAAGGUUUCGUUUAUUUAGUUUUUACUUUCAAAA